GCGCUCCAGGCAGCAAUGGCAACCGCGAGUCUUUAAGCUCCACGCCAGCAGAUGCAAUGGCCGUGUAAUCGCGAUUCGCAACCCAACAAUCUGGAGAAGGCGGAGAGAGAGAACGAAACCAGAGGAGGGGAGCAACCGGCCAUGGCUAGCUCUGCCGCAGUGGACGGUGUCGCAGCGACGGCGCUCCGCUCGGUGCCAGCGCGUAAAUCCCAGGAGAUCCGAGUGGUGGCGGUGAGCAAGACGAAGCCAGUCUCCGUGCUCCGCCAAGUGUACGACGCCGGCCAUCGCUGUUUCGGCGAAAACUACGUCCAAGAAAUCGUCGAGAAAACUCCUCAGCUUCCGGAGGACAUUGAGUGGCAUUUCAUUGGAAAUUUGCAGAGCAACAAAGUGAAACCCCUUCUAAGUGGUGUACCAAACCUUUCAAUGGUAGAGAGUGUGGAUGAUGAGAAGAUUGCAAAUCGUCUUAAUCACGUGGUUGGUAGCAUUGGGAGAAAGCCUCUGAAGGUGUUGCUCCAAGUGAAUACGAGCGGAGAGGAAUCAAAAUCUGGCGUUGAGCCCUCUGGAUGUGUGGAACUUGCAAAGCAUGUAACUUCGGGUUGUCCAAACCUUGAGUUUUGUGGUCUAAUGACGAUUGGGAUGCUGGAUUAUACUUCUACACCGGAAAACUUUAAGACGUUGGCGAACUGCAGAACUGAGGUUUGCAAGGAACUUGGUAUACCGGAGGAGCAAUGUGAGCUUUCAAUGGGCAUGUCUUCAGAUUUUGAGCUAGCUAUCGAAAUGGGCAGUACAAACGUGAGAAUUGGAUCUACAAUAUUCGGGGCGAGAGAAUAUCCAAAGAAACAAUCAAAUUAGCUGGGCAAACUUGAUUUAUUUUCUUGUAAGUGCCAUGAUUUUGGCAGGUUGUAGUAAGAGUUCUAUGCCAUUUGAAGGCUGGAUAUACAAAUCAAACUGUAUCUUGUCAUUAUAGUUUUUUUUUUUUUUU